CUGAACCACAGCUUUCAGGGAAAAUGUCAGAAAACAAGCCAAUUGCCUUACCCUAGAAUCAAGCAAGUUGAUUUUUCUCUAUCCAAGAGUUCCAGUGCACGAUAGACGGGUGCUUUAGAAAGUAAGAAGUGUGUAUGACGCAUAGUACAAAGAUAAGAUAGAAAUACCUUGUUUUGCAGUCAAAUACCUAAUAGUAGGCUAUCAAGAUUGGUCUAAAUUUAGAACAAGGUCUAGCUGCGAGAAAAGAUCGAUCAAACCCUACGAUAAAUAGAAUUCUUCUCAACAAUUAAAUGACAGGAACAUUUCCACUUGUGUUCCGACCGAAUGCCCCUUUUAAAUACACUAAAAAUCCAUAAAAAAAAGUUCUAAGGUGGUGGAUUUGCGUUUGACUCAUGAAGAAAAAAGAUCAGCCUGUCGUAGGUAGCAGGAUCGGAAAUGGAAAAAGCAGGUUGUAUUCUCGUCGCUGGAUAACAUCUACGUAGGGGGGAAUUGGCACCGUGCUUAGCCAACCUUUCGUUCAAUCAACUGUUAGUAAUAAUUGGUGUGGGUGACAGUCUUAGCUCGAUAUUCUUUAUUCGGGGGUAUUAGGCCACUUUAGUUUCGCUUGGGUGCCCGUGACCUAGCCAUCUUCCUAUUAACUAUGGACAUUUAAGCCAACGUGGAGCUUCGAUUCAAAUCAGAUCUUUGAUUGUCAGCGCUAAGCAAGAAAAAUGUUGGUCCUUCGAGUUUGGUGUUUGAUAUUUGGAAUCGCUUUUCCCUUUAAAGUGAACUCCUCGCCGGUUGAUUCCACAAGUUCAGCCCGGGCAUCAGUAGAAAUCAAAAACAGUCAAGCUUUCCUAGGGGUUGAAAAAGCUAUCCUGAAAUCAAUGGGCAUAAAAACGCGGCCAAGGCCAAGAAGAGGAAUCAAAAUACCUAAAUAUAUGAAGGAUCUGUACCACAGCCAUGAGGAACAUCCCGAAUGGAUCUCGACAAACUUCAGAUUUAACAAAAAGUGGACAUCAGUGAAUACAGUGCGAGCGUUUCAUCAUCUUGAUGACCUUCCCAUAAGUCAUCCAGACGCCCCUGGUCGGCCAAGACUAAAGUUCGAUGUCUCCUCUCUGCCUAAACUGGAGCAAGUCAAAUCAGCUGAGCUGCGCCUUCAUAAAAAUGGCUUGUGGAGACAUGGAGGCGAUCCAGAGAUGCGUGUGAGUGUUUAUCAAAUCACGCACUCUCGAUUACCUUCGAGUCUUGAGAAUAGAACUCUUAUCGAUUCCCAUAUUAUGAAUACUGCAAACAGUGGGUGGGAAUCGUUCGACGUACGCUCUGCAGUGGAGCAUUGGAUUUCAAAUCCUUCAGACAAAAACAAUAUCGAGGUACACAUAUCCACGAAGAAUGGUCACAGUUUAAAUAUCUCGGCUGACGACGUUAUAAGGAAUUUGUCAAUGGAUAAGGAGCAAUGGCACGACGAAAGACCGUUACUUGUUGUAUACACGCACGAUGCGCUAACGCAUCAUCAUGUUCGAAAAAAGCGGAGUGCUUCGAAAAGCCGUUCGCAAAAGAAGAGAACCAGGCCACAGUAUUGUAAGAGACAUCCUUUGUAUGUAGACUUCAGUGAUGUGGGCUGGAAUGAUUGGAUCGUUGCACCGCCGGGAUAUUAUGCUUUUUUCUGCAACGGAGAGUGCCCAUAUCCCAUUACUAAACAUCUGAACGCUACUAAUCAUGCUAUAGUACAGACUGUUAUGAACAGUGUAGAUCCAAAGGUACCUAACGUUUGUUGUGUACCAACAACAUUGACCCCUAUAAGUAUGCUAUAUAUGGACGAGUACGAAAAAGUGGUCCUUAAAAAUUAUCAAGACAUGGUGGUCGAGGGCUGUGGGUGCCGGUGAAUGGAAUAUUAAGGCCAGAAAAAGAAUAAUGGACGUAUGGGAGAGAUAUAAAUAUACAGUGAAAGAAAGACAAGCGCUUGAGUUUUGACGUUCGACUCAGUAUUAAUGAGGGUCAAAGAGUCAUCGAUACUACGUAAAUGGGCGAUUUGUGACUUGGAGGUGAUUGUAAAUGAAAUCCUAAACGUAGACAAAGAAAUUAAGAUUCAGUCUAUAACUGGAUUCAAUUAAGACAGCCGUAAAAAUUGCACGAUCGCGAGUAUGAUGUUGUAAUCAAACAAACGGAGCAAUAGCGUUGUCUCAAUAUUUGAACAUGAUCUUCAUGGCUUUUAUACACUAAAUAACCCUAUAAUAGAUCCAGAAUCAGGUACUGGUACCGUAAACAAUCUUCCAUACAUUYAUCAGAUAAUCAAGAAAAAGAAAAAAAAACAGAACAUUAUAACUAUAAUGACUGUGACGAGGAAAACAUUCGGAAGAGAUUAGAAGUUAAAUUAGAGAAAUUUAUAACAAAAUGUCUACGUAGAAAAUGAAAAUAACAAAUAUGGUACGUUAUUGUAUACUGCAGAACUGUGAAAAACGAAGAAACGUAAAUUAUAUUUUAUCAAAGAAAAAUCAGAUUUUUUGGCUGAGUGAAUGCUUACGGGCGUUCAGUUAUAGUGGUUUGAGUAAUUCGCACGAAAAGCUGUAAAUAAUAAUAUUAAUAAACUUUUUAAUUUAUAAGAAUAAUAGAGAAACAGCCUACGUUUAUACGAGUAAUUUUUCCUAAAAAAGUUAUAUGAUCAUUAAAUACGAUAACGAUAAUAAUUUCUUAACUUAAUUUUGAUCAAGCGCACAGCAGUGUCCCCAUAAACAGUCCCCACAAUGGGAGGACAAAGCUAAAAGUAUGCUCAAUACUAGAAUUUCUUACAGAUCAAGUAAGAAUACAAAUACAUGAAAAAAAAGUAGUCAAAAGGGGUUUAUAAAUCUAUGAGAUAUUUUCCUCUGAUUCUUUUAAGUUUUGAAAUUCAGUUUUUGGUUAAAGUGGGUUAAUUUUUUUACAAUUUUCAAAUAGUUUGGCGUUGGAUGAGAAAUGCUAGAUCGAAAUGAUACUUGAAAUGAUAGAGCUUAAGACCAAUUAUGGAGAGCUCAGUUUUCCGUCUUGCAGCACCAUUGGCCUACUUAUUUUCGAUUAUAUAUAUAUAGAAGUCAAAAUUAUGUUGAGUUUGAAAACCAGGGCUGUUCAAUAAAGUUUAUAUAGAUCAAAAUGCUAAUAGUAGCUUAGAACUUUGCAAUAAUUAUAUUAGAUCAAAUAAAACAAGAUCCACAUUGUGA